ACUCUCAUUCUCCUUUCACUGCGGCUAGGGUUUUGGCGGAGCUUCAUUCAGGUUCAUCUUUCUUCUCUCAUCCUGAAUUUCUUAUCUGAUUUCUCAAUCUGUGGUUGUUGAUUUCAUACGUUGUACUCGUAGUUUGGAGCUGCUGUUUGUUGAUAUCAUGUUUUUCUUAUUGUGAUUUGUUUUAGCUCUUUGAAUUACUAUAAAUUUGAUUCAACCUAAAUGUGAGUUUGCUGUCCAGAUAAUUUAAUUGAUUUUGUUCGUUUUGCUUUGUUUUCUGUGAAUGUUGAUUGGGCAAUUUCUUUUAUACUUGGCUUGUUAUUCAACGAUGUUCGCUUGCCAUGCAUUGAAUGAUAAAUUGAUUUCGUUUGGAUUGAAAUCGAGGGGAUUGUGCUGUUGCGUACUAGAAAUGCAGAUUAGAAUAUUAGAUCGAGUUGUUUACUUGCCUUGGUGUUAGUUUUGGUAGAUUAUUUCAUGUUUCAAUUGGAACUCUAGACAGAUGCCUUUGAUGCCUGAAUUUGGUUUCAUGGUAUAGUAUUGGUAGCUUUCUUUUGUUACUUAUGAAUCGCUUGUCAUUCAAUUGUACAAAAAUUGAGUAUCCCAUGCAAUGCAUCAUUCUUGGGUAUGUCUGUUUACAUGUCUUUUAAUAUAGCUAGGUCUAAUUUAGUUUGUUUGUGUGAGCAGCUUCACAACUUUAAUCAUGGGUAAGCAGAUUCAUAUUGCUUGACUAUGGUCAGGAUUGCUCAGUUGGUAGAGCAAAGGAUCCAUAAUCCUCUGGUCACCAGUUCGAAUCUGGUUCCUGGCAUAUGAUAUUAUAUCAUACCAUAUUAUAGAUCGAUAGAUUGAUUACAUUGAUAAUAUAUAUAGUUAUUAACCUGAUAAGUUAUGUUUAAUUAUAAUUUGUGCCUUGUUUUGGAUGAUGAUUGAAGUUGUAAAAUGGAAUUAAUCCUUUUGUACAGGCUUUUUAUUGCACACUUUAUUUCAAUAACAAAUUAUGUUGUGUAUCAUGUAGUGUGGUAUAUUUGUUUGUGUUGAGAUUUUAAGUAGUUUCUUUGAGUGCUGUUGUAGUUGGAUGCCAGUUGUCUGAUGUGAUGCUGAAUUGUUCAUUACUUUCCAUUUGACUCAAUUGUAUCUGAACAGGAGCUUUGUUGCAUAUUUUAUUCAAUUUAAGUCUUUAUUUCCACCUGCAGUUUAGGUUAAGAAGUUAUCAUGGGUAAGGAGAAGAUUCACAUUAGCUUGGUGGUCAUUGGCCACGUCGACUCUGGUAAGUCGACCACUACUGGUCAUUUGAUCUAUAAGCUUGGUGGUAUUGACAAGCGUGUGAUCGAGAGAUUCGAGAAGGAAGCUGCUGAGAUGAACAAAAGGUCCUUCAAGUAUGCAUGGGUUCUUGACAAACUAAAGGCUGAGCGUGAACGUGGUAUUACCAUUGAUAUCGCCUUGUGGAAGUUUGAGACUAACAAGUACUACUGCACUGUGAUUGAUGCCCCAGGACACAGAGACUUUAUCAAGAACAUGAUUACUGGUACCUCCCAAGCUGAUUGUGCUAUCCUCAUUAUUGACUCCACCACUGGAGGUUUUGAGGCUGGUAUCUCCAAAGAUGGCCAGACCCGUGAGCAUGCUCUGCUUGCCUUCACCCUUGGUGUCAAGCAAAUGAUCUGUUGUUGUAACAAGAUGGAUGCCACCACUCCCAAGUACUCCAAGGGAAGGUAUGAAGAAAUCGUCAAGGAAGUUUCCUCAUACCUGAAGAAGGUUGGUUACAACCCAGACAAAAUUGCCUUUGUUCCCAUUUCUGGGUUUGAGGGUGACAACAUGAUUGAGAGGUCCACCAACCUUGGCUGGUACAAGGGACCGACCCUUCUUGAGGCUCUUGACUUGAUCAACGAGCCAAAGAGGCCUUCAGAUAAGCCCCUCCGUCUUCCACUUCAGGAUGUCUACAAGAUUGGAGGUAUUGGAACUGUGCCAGUGGGUCGUGUUGAAACUGGUGUUUUGAAGCCUAGAAUGAUUGUUACCUUCGGUCCCACUGGACUGACCGCUGAAGUUAAGUCAGUUGAGAUGCACCACGAGUCUCUUCCAGAGGCUCUCCCUGGUGACAAUGUUGGUUUCAAUGUUAAGAAUGUUUCUGUCAAGGAAAUCAAGCGUGGAUACGUAGCAUCUGACUCCAAGAACGACCCUGCUAAGGGGGCAGCUAACUUCGUUGCUCAGGUCAUCAUUAUGAACCACCCUGGUCAGAUAGGAAACGGGUAUACCCCAGUCCUUGACUGUCACACCUCUCACAUUGCUGUCAAGUUUGCCGAGCUUGUGACCAAGAUUGACAGGCGUUCUGGUAAGGAGCUUGAGAAGGAGCCCAAGUUUUUGAAGAAUGGUGAUGCUGGUAUGGUAAAGAUGAUUCCCACCAAGCCUAUGGUGGUGGAGACUUUUGCAGCGUACCCACCCCUUGGUCGUUUUGCCGUGAGGGACAUGAGACAGACUGUUGCUGUUGGUGUUAUCAAGAGUGUUGAGAAGAAAUGAAUGUUUAUUGCAUCAGCUGAGGCCCUGGAGGCGGAUUAUCAUUGCAGUUCUGAGUAUUAUACAAACUUUUUAACUGUUAGUAGAUGUGUGUUGUAUUUAAACUUGUGUUCUCUUUGUUGUAAACUUUUGUGGUCAGUGUCUUCUGGCUCCUAUUCUCAGAAUUGGGUGCUGGAUCGACGGUGGCAUGAUCUUGGUCUUUCGUACUAUGCGUUUAGUUGUUUGGUGUCAAAUACCCUUUUGAGGUAUACUUAAUGUUCACAAAACUGCAUCUGCCAUUAUCGAAAUUUAAGUACCUAAUCAAGAAUGUUUUUUCUUGGUGA